GAGUGUUGUGGCCUGUGUGUGGGUGCUCGUGGCUCAUUGCACGCGGCUGCCCUCUGGCUGUGGGCGCUGCUGGGUCUGGUCUCCAUCCUUGGACUCGACUCCGUGGAGUCACGUGCCAUCGUGCACCUGCGCGUGCGCCUACGGUCUCGUGUUGUCGUGUCGGCCCCAACAAGCAGCGGAGCAGGCGUGCGUGCACCGUCAAAAUCUGUGGACUCUCGCGUCACAGCGAAAGCAGUUUAGCGGAGCGGAGGAAACCCCAGCACCAGCAGAUCAGACUUCACAGCAGCCUGCUUUGCGAGGGGCAGCACAUUCCCUCCCUACUGUAGUAGCGCGUGGUUGGUACGAGUGGUUACGCUAGACACCUCCGAUUAUUUGUCUCCUCCCUCACUUUUUUCUCCUUUUCUUUCGUCCUUUUUCUCCUAUUAUUCUCUCAGUCUCUCUCUCUCACACACGAAAAUUGCUUGCCAAAGGGUUCUGAUCUUUAGAGCGGACGAAGAACUCGCUUGCGUUAUCUUGCCAAAUCUUUUCUGCCUCUCUUUCGCCAAAGCAAGUAGCUCAAAGCUUCCGUGGAAGCAGCGUGGUGUCGGAAUUCAAAAAUAGGCAGCAAUUUCGUGCGGUUAUGCAAAACAAAGGCCCUGUUUGGUUUCCCAUACUAGCGUGUACUAGGAAACUUUGACCGCUAAUUACAGUGUUAAAUAAAGCCAGUUUAUAAAACUAACUCCAAAAUCCCGUGCUAGGAACCCUGAAGAAUCUAAUGAGGCCUUUGACCGCGUGAUUAGAGGAUAGUUACUUUAGCAUCACUAUAGCCAAUCAUCGAUUAAUUACUGUUAUUAGAUUCACCGCGAAAAAUUAUACCAAUCGCUAAAAUUUUUUUGCAAAUAGACUUCAUUUAGCACUCCAUAUAUGCAAGAUUCUUUUUUUAGAUUGUGUGCACUAGGAACCAUAGUGUGAACCAAAGCCAAAAUGCAACGGCUUUCGCUGGGUACCUUUUCAUGCACGUUGGGGGGCAGGGCACACGGGACAACAAAAUUCGCUGCAUUUCCUCUUUGCUGCAAAAGUUUUGCCCCUCUUUUCUGAAAGUGCUUGCAAUAACAACAGUAAUUAAGAAACGGAAUCGAAAUCUUCAAAUGUUUACCAUUUCCACCUGUCCUAUUAAUUCCACCAGAGCUGCUGACUGCUGUGCUGAGCAGAGGAAAAAAAAGGCAAAAGAAAUAAAUAGAAAACAAUCGGAAGAGGAAAAAGAGAAGCGUUGAAGCUCCCUGGAAACCGCCGGGCCGAGCACCUUUCACGUUGCGGGAACCCAGGGAAGGAGAGGAAUGGCGUGGCGUGGCGCCAUUAAACAUAGGAGCAAGCAAAGCUCCAGCAGCGAUCGAUCCCCCCUCUCCUCGAGCCCACCCACCACCCCCUUUGCACAAGGCGAGGAGGAGGGAGAGGUUUCAAAACCAGCGACGCAACGGCUCCACUGGUUGCUUCUUUCCCCAAUCCCAAAUCGAAUCCUGCCUUUCCUGUAGCGGGCGGGUGGGUAGGCUAGGCACGCGUCCCGAUGCUCCCGCUCCUCCUCUUCCUGCUCGCCGCCGCCGCCGCCUCUGGCCCGGCGGCGGCGCAGGGCCUCCCGCCGCUCCCCAUCGGCGUGAACUACGGCGCCAACGCCGACAACCUCCCGUCCCCGGCCGCCGUGGCCACCUUCCUCGCCACCAAGACCACCGUCAACCGCGUCAAGCUCUUCGACGCCAACCCGGCCUUCCUCGACGCCUUCGCCGCCAACGCCCCCGCCAUCUCCAUCGCCGUUUCCAUCCCCAACUCGGCGCUCCCGGCCUUCGCCGACCGGGCCGCGGGCCUCGACGCCGCGCGCGGCUGGGUCCGCGACAACCUCGCCGCCCACGUCGCCGCAGGCGCCAACGUCACGCUCCUCCUCGCCGGGAACGAGAUCCUCGGCCCCACCGUCGUGCCCGACCUCGUCGUCGCGCUGCUCCCCGCCAUGCGCCGCCUCCACCAGGCCCUGCAGCUCGAGGGCCUCCCCCAGGUGCGCGUCACCACGCCGCACUACCUCGGCAUCCUCGCGCCCUCCGACGGCAUCCCCUCCAACGCCCGCUUCCGCCCGGGGCUCGACGCCAAGGUGCUCGCCCCCAUGCUCCGGUUCCACAACGACACCGGCUCCCCGCUCAUGGUGAACGCCUACCCCUACUUCAGCUACAACGCCCAGAACCUCAACUACGCCGUCUUCCGCCCCAACGCCGGCGUCUACGACCCGGCCACCAAGCUCAACUACACCAGCAUGUUCGACGCCCAGAUGGACGCCAUCUACACGGCGAUGAAGAAGCUCGGGUUCGGCGACGUCCAGAUCGCCGUCGGCGAGGCCGGGUGGCCCACGCAGGCCGAGCCCGGCCAGGUCGGCGUCGGCCCGGAGGAGGCGAGGGACUUCAACGCCGGCAUGAUCCGGGUCUGCAGCGGCGGCAAGGGCACGCCGCUCAUGCCCGGGAAGACCUUCGAGACCUACAUCUUCUCCCUCUUCGACGAGAACCAGAAGCCCGGCCCCAUUGCCGAGAGGAACUUCGGCAUCUUCAACCCGGAUUUCACCCCCAAGUACGACCUCGGACUCCUCCGCGAUGGAUCAUCAGCGUCUGCAUCUCCAAACCCUUCACCGAAUCCAUCUCCCAAGCCAAGCCCGAACCCGUCACCCUCUGGCGGAGGGAAGUGGUGUGUGGCCAAGGCUGGUGCAGAUGCGACUACCCUGCAGAACAACAUCAACUACGCCUGUGGCUUUGUGGACUGUAAGCCGAUCCAGAGCGGUGGCGGGUGCUUUGACCCCAACAACGUGCAGUCCCAUGCUUCGUUCGUGAUGAACACAUAUUACCAGGCCAAUGGGCGCCAUGACUCCGACUGCGACUUCAAGGGCACCGGCAUGGUCAUCUCCAAAGACCCCAGCUACGGGGGCUGCAAAUACGUCUCCUGACGGGGCGCAGCAAGUCCAGGCAGCGCGGUGGCAGGGGCACCAGCCUCGAGUCCACAUCAUCCUCCAGGCUUGAGCCACGGCAACGCUGGGAGGUUGAUACUGCCGGGCUUGCGCCACAUACUUCUGUACUCUUGUCUGACACCCAUGCUUCUUGCUAUGCAUACUCACUAGUUCUUAGACGAGCCACCAUUGUUAUCCCUUAGCACGAGGGAUGUGUACCCGAGUUAUUGUAGCUUAUUGUGUUCAUCUGGUUUGGCCGUGCGUUAUUUUCUUCUUCUUAUUGUGUAGUGGUGCAGAAUAACGGUGCUUUAACUCGAACAUUCCAUUCCAUUCUAUGUAGAAACACAGAUUACAGGAACAGAGUGAUAUGAGGCCUCCUUGUUUCAUGGUGCUCA